AUGGCGGCGUCUGUAUUAAACACCGUGCUGAGGCGGCUUCCUAUGCUAUCUCUCUUCCGAGGUUCUCACAGAGUUCAGGUUCCCCUCCAGACUCUUUGCACCAAAGCUCCCUCUGAGGAAGAUUCUUUGUCCUCAGUUCCCAUUUCUCCUUAUAAGGAUGAGCCCUGGAAAUAUCUGGAAUCAGAAGAAUACCAGGAGCGAUAUGGUUCUCGCCCCGUCUGGGCUGACUACCGCCGCAACCACAAGGGUGGUGUACCCCCACAGCGGACUCGGAAGACAUGUAUUCGUCGGAAUAAAGUUGUUGGGAAUCCCUGCCCCAUCUGUCGAGAUCACAAGUUGCAUGUUGACUUUAGGAACGUGAAGCUCUUGGAGCAAUUUGUCUGCGCCCACACGGGUAUCAUCUUCCAUGCUCCAUACACAGGAGUCUGUGUGAAGCAGCACAAGCGGUUGACCCAGGCCAUCCAGAAAGCCAGGGAUCAUGGUCUCCUCAUUUACCACAUCCCCCAGGUUGAACCACGGGACCUUGACUUCAGUACCUCUCAUGGGGCUGUGAGUGCUACUCCGCCAGCCCCCACCCUGGUCUCAGGUGACCCCUGGUACCCAUGGUACAACUGGAAACAGCCACCGGAGAGAGAACUGUCUCGCCUUCGCCGGCUUUACCAGGGUCAUCUCCGAGAAGAGAGUGGCCCCCCACCUGAGUCAAUGCCCAAGAUGCCCCCUAGAACACCAGCGGAAGCCUCCUCCACUGGGCAGACAGGCCCUCAGAGUGCUCUGUAG